CUUAGGAUGAUUUAUGUUGUUGGGAAAGCUGAGACAUAGGUCUUCAGCUUAACGAAUGACCAUUUGUUCCUUUUGGGGUUUUGAUUGACUGGAUUACCAUAUGGAUUUGUGAUUUGCUAUUUCUAGUGGAUCCUGGUAUCACCAAGCUUGUUUAAGAAAGACUCAUUAUAAACCUUAGACUUGUUUGGUGUGAUCUUGCUUGCCCUGCACAACAGUCUCUUGGUUUUUGGUUUUAUCCCAGCUAAUAUGUACAUUGUCCCUUUCUGUCGUGAUCUUGCAGUGCAUUAUGGCUUUUAAGGGCAAGACAUACCUGUGCUCUUAUUGUGUCCUUUCAUUCUCUUGCAGCUGUAGGUCCAGAGUCCCCUACAUGUUUCCAAGAACAAAUAAAAUGAAUACGUCUCCCGUGUUGAUGUCCUUUGAGGACUUGGCUGUGGAUUUUUCCUGGGAGGAGUGGCAGGACCUCGACAGUGCUCAGAGGACCCUGUACAGGGAUGUAAUGCUGGAGACCUACAGCAGCCUGCUGUCCUUGGGAUUCUGCAUUACCAAGCCUGAGGUCAUCUUCAAGUUGGAACAAGGAGCAGAGCCGUGGACAGUAGAGGACUCCCUAAACCAGAGUCUGUCAGUUGUUCAGAAAAUUGAUGACCUGAUUGAGACCAGCCAGGAAAAACAAGACAUAAAUUUAUGGCAAUUCGUAGUUACAAACAGCAGCACAUCAACUAAGGAAAGAGUGGAAUUAAGAAAAACAUUUAAUUGGGGCUCAAGUUGUAUUUCAGAAUUUAUUUUAAAGAAUGGAAGUUACUCACGACUUGGACCUCAUGUGUUUAAUCUCUGUCAGAAUGUGCUCCUCCCUGGAGAGCCUGCUGACAUGCAAGCUGAAGUCAAGUAUCAUGACUGUCAUAUGCCUGGGAAUUCUCUCAGAUGCUGUGGCCACCUUGAUGCACGUUAUGACCUUCAAGUUUUGCAUCAGCCUUUUGAAUAUAAUGAACCAGGGGAAACCUUCAACAGUGAGGAAUUAUUCUUCACACAUAAGACCAUUCAAAUGGGAGAGACUUCCUAUAAAUACAGUGAAUGUGGAAAACUCUGUGAGAGAUCAGCUCUCAUUGUUGGAGAGACAUCACCUGGAGGAAAGGAAGCAUUCUAUGGGAAGUGUAACCUCACUGAACAUCCGCAAGCACACAAAGAUGAGAAACUCUCUGAAUGCAUUGAAUUUGGGGAAGCUUUCAUUAGCAGUGCUGAUCUUAUAAUAAAUCAGAGAACGCAUGUAGGGAAGUAUGAGAAGCCUUUUAUCUGUAGACCAAGCUUUACUAUCCAUCACAGAAUUCACCAAGAGGGGAAGCCCUAUGAAUGCAAUGAAUGUGGGAAGACUUUCUACCACAAGUCAAACUGCAGCAGGCAUCAGAGAACUCACACAGGGGAGAAGCCCUAUGGAUGUAACGAAUGUGGGAAAACCUUCUUCAGGAAGUCACACCUCAGCAUGCAUCACAGAACGCACACAGGAGAAAAGCCCUAUGAAUGUAAUGAAUGUCGCAAAACUUUCUACCACAAGUCACAUCUCCGCAUGCAUCAGAGAACUCACACAGGGGAAAAACCUUACGGAUGUGGUGAAUGUGGAAAGGCCUUCUUUAGAAAGUCACAUCUCCGCAUGCACUACAGAAUUCACACAGGGGAAAAGCCCUAUGAAUGUAAGGAAUGUGGCAAAACUUUCUAUCACAAGUCACAUCUCAGCAUGCAUCAGCGGACUCACACAGGGGAAAAACCUUACGGAUGUGGUGAGUGUGGAAAGACCUUCUGCCGGAAGUCACACCUCAGUAUGCAUCAGAGAACUCACAGAGGGGAAAAGCCGUACGAGUGUAGUGAAUGUGGGAAAACCUUCUACCAGAAGUCAAACCUCAGCAAACAUCAGAGAACUCACACAGGGGAGAAACCCUAUGCCUGUAGUGUCUGUGGGAAGACCUUUUGUCAGAGAUCACAUCUCAGCAUGCACCAGAGAACCCAUACAGGGGAAAAACCUUAUGAAUGUAAUGAAUGUGGAAAAAACUUUUACCGAAAGUCAGACUUGACUAUACAUCAGAGAACUCACACAGGGGAAAAACCCUAUGAAUGUAGUGAAUGUGGAAGAACUUUUUGCCAAAAGUCCCAUCUCAGCAGGCAUCACAGAACUCACACAGGUGAAAAACCCUAUGAGUGUACUGUAUGUGGGAAGACUUUCUGCAGGAAGUCAAACCUUAGCAUGCAUUUGAGCAUUCACACAGGGGAGAAGCCCUAUGAAUGUAAUGAGUGUGGGAAAACCUUCUGCCGGAAGGCAUACCUCAGAACCCAUCAACGGAUUCACACACGUAGAAAAGCAUAUGAGUAUGAAGAAUGGGAACAAUUUGUAUUGUAGGGCUCACUGAACAUCCGCAGUCACACAGAGGAAAAGUCAAAGUGUAUUGAAUGGGAGAACCCUUUUCUAAGUCAAUCCUUGACAGAUAUCCCACAGAGAAGAUACCUUAAGUGUAAUGAAUAUGUGAAUACUUUUCCCUGAAGUCACACCUCACAGGUAUUUGGGAUUUCGCACAAGGGAGUAACACUGUGUUGCAGAGGCUGGCUUUGGACUCUUUUGCAUUGUACUCUGCUUCCUUGGACAUGCAGCCUUGAUUUUCAGAUGAAUCCAAUUGUGGGUGUGAUUAUAUAACUGAUAUUAAUUUCCACUUUUCAAUUUUGGGAACCUUGAAUACAUAACACCCUCCUAUUUAAAAUGUAUCAUUCACUAUAAAUUACUAUUAGAGUGGCUACUUUUCUGUCAUUCUUUGUCCACAUUAUCCUAUAAAUAUCAACUGUGUAACUACAGGGGCAUCACAUGAUUGACAGAUGUCAGUCAUAAAAUUAUAAUUCAAUUCUGCAUGAUGAAUACUUUGUCCAUGGUAGAGUUGCUGGUUACCACUGUAUUUAUGAUGAUCACAGCCUGCUGUGUCUGCAUUCUGUGUUUACAGGGUGAAGAAAGGCUGCGAGCAGACUGCGCCACUGACUCAAAUUUCAGGCAGUCUAGUGGUUUGUUGAUUCUGUGCUAGGGUUUUUCUUUUGUUUCUUUGAUUGUCUUGCUUACACUUUGUUUAGUUGGAUUAUUCCUGUUUUAAUAAUGAAUCUUGAUUGAAUUUAUCUGGUUGUAGUGACUCCUUUUUUUUAUUUCACUGAGCUGUUUGCCCACACUUGUUGAAAGACAUAACUGUUUAAUAUUAUCAUAGUUUUAUAUUCUUCUUAAUAUGCUUUUUUUGUGUCAUGUCCUCCUUCACAUUGAUCCUUAGUUUUUUCUAAAGUUUAUGUGAACUUUCUUUCCACGGCCCUUUUUAGAAAAGAUUUCUUUAUUUGAAAGGUGGUUACAAAGAAGGAAGACUGGGAGAUAGAGAUAGAUAUCUCUCCCUGCUGGAUCCUGAAGGCAGUGAUCAUCAGGGUUGGACUAAACCAAAACCAGGAGCCUGAAAUUCUAUCUGGGUCUCCUACAAGGGUGGGUCCAGGUACUCCAGCCAUGAUUUUCUGCUUUUUCUAGGCAUGUAGCAGAGAGCUAGGUCGGAAACACAGCAUCUAGGAUUUGAACCUUUGCUCAUAUUGUAUGCUGAAUUCACAGAUGGCAGCUUAACUUGCUGCACCGCAAUGCUAGCCACCCCUUCCGUCCCCCACCCAGCCCUUUCUGAAUUCUUAUUGUAUACACAUAUGGUUUAGUGCAUACAAUAUUAUACAGCUAGAUAGUACAUGUCACCCAGGUAACCUGACCGUUCCUGGGCACCAGGGAUACAAAUGCAUUUGUAGAUGCUGUUGCUCUUGAUAUGCUUAGACCAUUUUCCCUCCUGACAACAGGACUGCAGGGCACUCCAUCACGCCCUCUGCUCCACUUGCCUUGUCAUAGCUCCUGAACUCCCAGCAGCAGUACUGUAUUAGCAGCUACGCAGAAGAGAAACCAUGGGUAGAGGAACAUGAGGACACUGAGCCCAGGCUGUGCUAGGCCCAGGAGAAGAGCUGCAUUUCCUGUGCAGCCUGUAGUUUUAUUGUGGGUUUCACCUUGGAGCGUCUUUCUAGAAGGGGAGCCUUCUGGAUUCUGGUUGUCUCCUUACUUGUUCUAGAAUUUCUAUGGAGAGAAGAUCAGGGCUCCAAAGUAAGGACAGAGUGGGAAGAGAAAGAUACACUUUGGGAUGUAGCUGAAACCAGGGAACACAGAAUAGUGGCAGUGGCACUGCACAGACUCAUUCCUGGGUCCAGUUUGGGGCCUUCAAAUCCCAGAAAUGAGAUCAGGAGAGUAGAAGGGAUGGCUGAAGAUGAUGUGACCAAUCAUGCAGGCAACUUGGAAUGUAAAUAGGACAACAAGACCUUCCACAUCCUGACCAGGUUAAAAGCCCUGUCUGUCCUGGAGUAUAGCAUUUUUUGGUGCUUGGUUUUCCUGGGCAGCCCUAUUAGAGCAGGGACUACUGUUGCAUAGGCAGUUGUUAAUUUACUGUUUGUUGUGGAGGUAGUUGUUGCCUCCUCUGCCCACCACAUAUGCAUCUUCCAUCUGGAUGCACCCAUGGAGGUAAACUUGCUGAUGAUGAAGUGUGUGCUGGGUGUUUGUGUAGCAUGGCGUUUUGCUUCUGGCCUAGAAAUCCUGUAUCUUGGCAGCAUUCAUGAAGUCUGAGUGGGUGACU